GAUCUACACUUCAAUCAUUCAGACAUUGUUCAAAAUUGGAAGAUUGGGGAAAUUUGAAAAACUUAAAAUUUCAGUCAUGGUUGCACUUUCGCGUACUUCAAAAUUAACCGUCGUUUGCGUGGGCGUCUAUACGACCUAUGUCCUCUUCAUUUUCUUCCUUUUGCCCAUGCUGAUGCCGGAUCCGGUGACCCUGCAACGAUCACUGGUCUCCUACAGCACCAGCCACCUGGGCGACAUCAGAAACCUCACGCUGGAUGCCGGCGGCCAGCCAAUCCGCUCAAUGCUGGUCACGUUCCGGGGAUCGGGUGCCCUGACCCUGCUGGACAACCUGGCCCAUCAGCCGGGCUGCUAUCAGCACUACGCUCCACUGAUCGCCUACGAGAGCCGUUCUAUUGCCGCGAAGGAGCACGAUCGCGCCUUGGAUGAACUGGCGGCGCUGUACAACUGUGACUACAACAAGUCUGCGGAAAUGAUCCAAUGGGGAAUGCGAUCGCCGGUCUUCCGGCGCUUCUAUGGCGCUCAAGCCAAGAUCUGUCGCUCUUACAGCCAGGAGACCUGCUGGGAUGCCGAGACGAUGGCCGCCGUCUGCAAGCUGUAUCCAUUCAUCAACAUGGCGGUGUACAACUUGCGGCUGAAUCUUCUGGCUCCCCUUCUGGAACGCAAAGACCUAAAUCUGAACAUCCUUUUACUUGUCCGCGAUCCUCGGGGCACCAUAUAUUCCCGAAUGAAUAACAAGUGGUGUUCGGAUGAGAGGGAUUGCGAGGCGCAGGCCCUUUGCGGCGACAUGGUCAGUGAUUAUCAGAUGGUGGAGACCCUCACCAAAGCCUAUCCACAGCGUUUUAGCAUUAUACGUUACGAGGACUUGUUCCUACAGCCCGAGGAGAGUAUCAAACUAGUAUUCGACUUCUACGGAUUGCCCUUGAAACGAAACAGGUCCAGGAUUCAGAAAAUGCAUCCGCGCAGUGGCUACUUUUUCCAGUCCUCUCGCUGGAAGGAGCUUUCCAGCCAGUCCGCCUUCGAGUGGAUAAGCGAAAUGAUGGUGGACGAUAUUGGGGCUGUACAGGACGUGUGCGGUCAGGCCAUGGACUUGUGGGGGUAUCGCUCCAUUCAGGACUUCAAUCACUUUUCACCGGAAUCUUUCCAGCCAAUUAUGGACAAAGCCUAGGUGUUUCUGGGCAAGUGUGAUGGGUGUAGUGGGCCAGAGGUUUGGUAUGAAUUCUUAAUUUAAGGUAUAUUUCGAGGGGUUAAUAUAGACCGCGAAUAAAUAUGUAAAUUAGAUCUAUGCUCAUCAGAA